UUGUAGAUACUGCACCGUUCACUAUUUCCCAAAUGAAAACAAAAGGAUUCAAAGGUAAACGAUUCCAGGAGUCUCUAGUUAAAAGUGAGGCAUCUCAUCCCAUGCCUGAGACCAGUGAUGACUAUUUGGACCUAGGUGCCACUGAAGAAGAAUCUGGUGAUCGUUGGAUAAGCUCAGACUUUUCAAAGGCUCUUAGGUUCUAUCAAAGGGCAUAUGAUGCCUACAUGCUGGCAUUGUCGAAAAGUGCUAACAGUAGUGCCUCAAUCUCAGAUCUUGAUAUCCACUAUAACAUCUCAAGACUUUUAUUGCAUGUAUAUAAUCAAUACUUUCAAACCGAUGGGGUCCACAUUAAUGAAUUGAUAAAUGUGGAUGAUGUGUUGCUUAGUGCUCAGUCAGUUGUCCAAAAGUUACCUACCGUUGUUGAGAGCCAUGAAAGAGCUCUCCAACUAUCAAAGGAUCUUAGAACUCAGCCGCUGAUGGAUUUGCUUUACAAUACCGGAGUAGCAUACACACAAGUAUUGGAAGAUAUUAAGAAUCAUGGAGAUAUACAAUUAAUUGAGGUGAUGGAACUAGGAACUAAAGCAAAGGGCCUUUUCCAAAACCUUUUAGAUCGACAAGUUACACAACUUCAGCUGUUUGUCGAAGAACUUGACAGUAUGGGCCAAACCCUGAACUUACAAGAUCCAUCGGAGUUUUCACAUGAUAGCACCAUUGAUAGUCAGAAUGCUGUUGGCGAAGACACUUUACAGCCCCCUCAUGUGUUUGAAACCAUCACUUUGUGCUACAAAUUAUCCCAUGCAAUACUCGAAAAUACGGAGAAUCCAACUCAAGAUAUCCCUAUAUUCCGAGAAUUGGUGGAGCCUUUUCUCAGUACUUGUGACCAUAUAGCAGAUAAUUUAAUUGGUAGCUUCAGUGGAACUAAGAACUUACAACUGGAGUUUUUGUCGUCCAUUUCUGACCAACAAAUUAAUGAGUACAAAAUUUCUAAAGCAUAUAAUCAUUCAUUGAUUCUCAAUGACCUUUCAGAGAUCAUAUCGUGGUGGGAAUCAAGCCUUUCAACUAUAGCUGAUAUCCCUGAGAAGUAUUUGGCUGUAUCUGAUAGUUUGCAGGGGUUCUUGGAUAGAAAUGAUAUCAGUUUGAAAACAUGCAACGAAAGCAAUCAUCAAGAGAUGAUCAAAACCUUCUGGCAGGCUCUAACUAUCAUGACCAAUAAUCUCAAGAAAGCCCAGGAGCUCAUGAAUGGACAGAAGCAAGCUCUUCAAAAAUCCGGUGGAGACAAUCUAGGAACUCUUGUUUCCCAAUUGAGUAAUGUUCUUAUAGCCAGGAGUGAUAUUGACAUACAACGAUGUCAACUAAACGAUGAACAGGCUAUCAAGAAUCAAAGCAUACUUCUUCAAAACUCUAAAGUAUUCCUCAAAAAUGCCCUGACGUUAGCUGGAACUUCGGGGGGCUUAAGGGAACGAGCAGUCGAAAAGCUUUCUAGAAAACAGAGGCAAGUGGAACUGGUAACUAGAUUAUGCCUACUUGAAAACAAGACAACAGUAGAGGAAUUGGAUGUGAUUAUAGGGAGAAGCAGAUGGGUUCGAGAGGUUGCGAGCCUAAAAAAAUUGGAGUACUUUGACAGCUUUGGCGUGCAACAGAUACAGUAAUACAUCUCUGUGAUAAAGAAGAUGCUAGUCGACCUGCGUUACAUUAAAUAAGAAGCUUUAAAUCCCAAUAAUGUCUAUUUUAUACAUAAUGUCUAUAUAAUCCCAUAUUAACAUACUCCAUAUUCAAAAUGCCUAACCAACCUUUGUGCUCAUAAGCAUCGAUGUACUACUUUCAUAUGUUGAUCUCUAUGUAGUCAACAUCCUCUGGAAAUGGUUCAUCUGUAAGACCUGUGUCAUUAUUGACAAACGAUAUGUCUAUUUCCUCAUCAGUGGGUUGGCAGGAUGUAGCAUCAAACAUAGAGCUUUGAAUAUAUUGUAAGUUCAAACUUUGAGAUCGGGUGUUUUCCACAAUCACUGAAAAUAGAUUAACCUUCAACACGUAUAUGAAAUAUAGUAACUUCAUUACAGCAGUAUAUUCUAGUGAAAUAUCCGUGAGUUACUUUAAAUGAGCAUGUGGGUCGGGAUCUUCGCACAAAGAUGACUAACUACUCAGGUGCGGGAAAAAGAUUAUUUGACUAGAAAAUUAAAGGUCUACUAUAUACAGAAAGAAGUAAAUUCUAGGUUUGAUUGAUCAACUUGUCAAACGCUGGAAUUAAUGAUUGUGCCAACGCAAAAGAAAAUACCAAUUUCGGACCAGUGGUCAACAAUUUUGGUGUUAAUCCUUUGAAGAAUGAGCUUAGGCCUUCAUUUUUGGCCAUGUUCUUCAAAAUAGUGAAACCAGAUUCGGGGUUGUCGAAGUUUUUGUUUUGAAUUCUGGUCUUGAUAACAUCUAAUGGAGCUGAAACAAUUAAUGAAGCUGAAGCACCAAAAAUAGAGGUCACAAAGUUCUGGAACCAAGUGGCUCUGGAGUGAUCACUUAAACCAAAAAUGUAUUCUUUGGCAAAUGAAUUACCUCCAAAUAAUGCAAAUGAUCCAGGACAGUUUCUAGCAGCAGUCCAACCCCAUCCUCUGUAUAAACCAAAGCCUUCAUCCAGAAGGAUCUUUAAGAAACCUCUACCUUUAAAAGAUUCGGGGUUUGUUUGACGUUUGAUCUUUAACACAUCCAAUGGUAACAAUACAACUUCUCCAAUUCCAAUAAGAGAACCAGCAGUAGCAGAUAACAAAGCCUUUCCAUUUUUCUUUCCAAAUACCAGCUCGUAAGAAUCUCUAAAGUUGGAAGAUAAAAAUUCAUUGGCAAACGGUUGACCUCCGUACUUGUAAACUCUUUGCAAAAUUUUAUAGGCAGCAGCGUAUCCCAAUCCUGGGAACAACGUAAAAAUUCUAUUAGAUAAAGCUUUAUCGGCAUGUUCUCUGAAAAUCACUGAGUUCAAUUGGGCAGCUGAUGAAAUUUUCCCCUGGUUGGACAUUAAUCUUUUAGAAAUGGUAUCGACCGGAUGAAAAACACCAAUUUCACAGAUUCCAGCCGAGGCUGAUCCUAAAACUCUAGCAAGUGCACUAUCUCUUUUGCUUCCGCUACUAUCAGCUGCUGGUGACAUAUUUGUGGAUAGAGGAAGAAAAUUUUUUCACA